AUGGAGCGUUUUAGGCCAAGGAAAGAAAAGCAGUAUAAAUAUGGUAUCCUUAAGUAUGCAUGUUUCAGAAGUACACAAGCUAUGGGACUUAGAGUCCUUGGGCAUCGACCUACCGCACCAUGGUAUGGUGGGAGAGAAUGGUCCGUAGUAUCAAUGAAGUUAUACGAAAAAGCUUGCGUGAGGUACGAAGAAAUGCUCACGUUAUUGUGCGAAGCUGAAAGUGUCAUCAAUGGGAGACCAUUUACCUACCUUUCAGAUGAUCCGAAUGAAAUAACACCAGCUCAUUUCAUACAAGACAUAAGAGGAUCAGAAACGCAUGACAUAGACAUUUUCAACUCCAAGCACUUACUGAAAAGAGUAAGGUAUCUACAAAGUUUACGUGAAAAUUUACGAAAACGCUUCCAGAAGGAUAAUUUAGGUGAACUUGUACGAAACCCAAAUUCUAGGUCAAAGCAGAAGGAAAUUUCUGCAGGAAAAAUAGCUCUUAUUGGAUGUGAGAGCACGAAAAGACUGAACUGGCCAUUGGGUUGUGUUGUACUGUUCCCUUGCAAGGACGCAAUACGAAGAGUAGCGAAAUUACGAGUUGCUAAUAGCUACCUCGUGAGACCAUUGCAGGGACUGUAUCCACUCGAAAUGUCUGUCAGUGAGUUUCCAUCUGACACAACAGCAAAUGAAAAAGAUAAACAUUUCGAUGUCCACUCUGGUGAUUUCAUGUCUUCAACAACUCCUAUCCAAAGACCUCUGAAUCCUAAAGCUGAGACUUUCAUUCCUAUGACAGAGGUUUCCCAACCUGUGAAACUGACUCGAAAAUUUAGGAAUUGUUUCGGCAUUUCCUCUUGCGAGAAUAAAUUAAAACAUAAACAAAAUUCGAAUCCUAUUUUAUUACAAACUUGCUCAAUCAUUGCGGAAAAUAAAAACAAGCAAGAAAAUGUCACAAUUUUUCUUGAUAAUGACGAACGAACUUUCAUAAGAAAUAAAUUGGUAAAAAGAUUAAAUUUGCCAAUAAUUAGAAAAGAAAAAUUGUCGAUUAAUUCUUUUGGAUCAGAGCAGCCCCAAACUAGAUUGUUUAAUGUAGUUAGCAUCCGAUUACGAAAUAGGGAAGAUCCAAAAUAUAAUAUAGAUGUAGAAGCCGUAGAAACUAACACUAUUUGUGCAACUCAGCUGCCUUCUCCAAACAAAAACAUUGUUAAGGAUUACGAAUUUUUAAAAACAGUUCAACUCUCGGAUGAUUUUCAAAACGAAACUAAAGAGGUUUUGAUUUUAAUCGGAUCGGAUUUUUAUUUUGAUAUAGUGACUGGCCGAAUUCAUGGACUUCACAAGAAGUUAGUAGCGAUAGAGACUAUCUUCGGUUGGUGUUUUUACGGGCACAUAAAUAAAAUAAACAACCUACUCGCUAUGAACGUAGUUGUUAACCGUGGUGAUGAAACUUUAAUUAGAGAAUUUUUUGAUCUUGAAUCAAUUGGGAUUUUGCCCGACUCUCCUGUUACUGAUAACGAAGAAGAAUCAAUAGUUCAAGAGUUUGAGUCUUCCAUUACAUUCAAUAAACGCUAUAAAAUAAAAUUGCCGUGGAAAUUAGAACUGAUUGACAAUUUAAAAUCAAACUAUGGUGUUGCCUUUAAGAGACUCCACAACAUUGUACACAAAUUCGAAAAGAACCCUUGGUUGUUUAAGGAGUACAAACAAACCAUAGAAUCAUAUCUUUCAGAGGGUAUUAUUGAAGAAAUUCCUGACACUGAAUAUUCAAAUGAUAAAACUAUAUUUUAUCUUCCCCAAUGGGCGGUUAUUAAAGAAGAGNUUUUAUCAACCUCCUAUCAUAUCUUUCAGAGGGAAUGA